AGUCACAGGAUAAAGAUGGAGUGACAUGUCUACACAUAAUAGCAAAGCAAGGAGAUAAAGAGAUAUACCAGUAUCUUGUACCUCGUGUUAGGAAUAAUCCAACUCCUAAGGAUAACGCUGAUCGCUCUCCACUUCAUUACGCUGGCAGACAUUAUGAGAUGUCAGUGUAUCUCAUUAAAUCUUUUAAUAUUCAUCCUGAAGACAAAGACAGUAAUGGAUUCAAUGGCCUUCAUGCUGCCUGUCAAGCUGGUAACAUGCGACUGGUAUUACAUUACUUGAAUAAGCUAAACUGCAAUCGUUAUUUAGAAACAUGCGACUCUAGAGGUCUCUUGUAUUUUGCGUGUUUGAGCGGUCACUUGGAAAUGGUUCGUAUUUUAAUGGAAAAGUAUCAAUUGAAACCAGUUGAAGGAGAUAUUGAUGCAGCCCAGUCAAUGAAAGGAGGAGAGUCUAUAGUCAAAUUGAUGCUGAGACACUUUUACUUUAUAAAAUUAGUAAGAGAAACGAUUAAAGAGGCAGAAAGAAGACAAAUAUUGCCAAUAGCUACUAAACCUCGUCGUCCAUUUUAUCUUCUUAAAUCUUAA